ACAAGCUCAGACGACACACUUCAUCACCGAAUCACAAGACAAGCUUAUGCAGUCUAUCCGACUUCCUCCGCCAACACCAAUUAUUUCAACGGCAAGCAGAUAUGUAAAGGAAGGAACGACAAAACAUAUCAAACGAUAAGGAGCUCAUUAGGAAACAACAUCGCCAAAGAAUGCAUAGACAGCGACGUGCAAGCGGCCAUUAUUAUUACACGCUACCCUAUGGCGAAAAGGGUGACAGUCCAAAACUUAACAUGUAGAAGUUAACAAAGAAUCAACCACUUCAUAUCAUUUUAGAGGCAUGGAUAAAAAGGUGACAUUCCAAUACGGGAGUGGAUAUACAUCCGUCGUGGGACUUGGUGCGUCGACAUCGUCGACUGGACAACCUGCGUCUGACUGGCGAACUGGUAAAUCUUUGACUGAAAGUUUAUAUCACAUCUUCUCUGGUGGAAUAGGCAGUGACGUCACGUUCCUUGUCGGCGCGAAAAGGCAGAGAAUACCAGCUCACACACUGAUUCUCACCAGCCGCAGUCCUGUCUUCUUUGCCAUGUUUAAUGGUCCCCUGGCAGAGACUGGAGAUGUGAAGGUUCCGGAUAUCACAGUAGAGGCCUUCACUUUAUUUCUGACCUAUCUUUACACAGACGAAGUAACACUGACAGUGGGGACGGUGGUGUCUGUAAUGAGUGUCGCCCGGAAGUACUGUGUAGAUGUCCUCGUUUCUGUGUGUGACAACUUCCUGAUGACAAAUUUCUCGCCAGCUAUUGCCUGUUUCCUUCUCGAGCAAGCCCACAUCUACACUGAAGAUAGAUUAAUGGCAAUGUGUCUCAAUAGUAUUGGGUUGUCGCCUGAAAAAAUGUUAACUUCCGAAUCCUUUGCUGUCCUGUGUCCGAGCUGCCUGACCAGUAUAACAGAAUCAGAUGAGCUGGAUGUUGACGAGAGUCACGUGUACAAGGCUGUUAUGCAGUGGGCGGAGAAGGAAUGCAUUCGGCAAAAUCUGGAGAUAACGGGUGCAAACAAGAGAGCUGUGCUGGGAAACGUCCUCUCAACCAUUCGAUUCCCGAUCAUGUCUCAAGAUUUUUUUCUGGAUCAAGUCUGUAAGGAUAAGAUACUAACGAGUGAUGAGAUUGUCGACAUCCUCAUGUACAUCCGAAACAAUACCAACACACUUGUCACUAGCUUUAACAAAAGCUACAGAAAGCAUUAUGUACGGCAUGGCAGGCCUAUCUUUGAAAAAGUACAUAAGGUUGGUAAAAGGCCAAACUGUUGGUGAGUCAUGAAAAUCACACCAAUAUUUCUGGUUAUGACAUAUCCCGAGUUUUUUGUUGUUUUUGUCGAUUGAAAUUAAGAUUGUAAUACUUAAUGCAUGUGGAGUUCUAAGAAGAAUUCAUUGUCCUCAUUGUUUUUAAUUAAUUGACAACUUUGAAUCUAUGUUUGACGGAGACAAAAACUGAUGAUGCUGAUAUUAUUGACAUACCUAGUUUUAACAAUAUUAAUCCAUUUGAAUGUAAGCGGUUAAAGUCUGGUGGGACAGUUACCCUUUAGCGUGUGUACAAGAACCUGAGUCGUUCAUUAAUAUUGUAGAUUCAAACUUGACAAAAUCAUAUGUGGUGGUGAUGAUGAUUUAUUGUUCGGUAUUAUAAACAUACCCCCGGAAGGUUCUAAUUAUUGUAUUGGAGAUCCGCAUCAAGAUAUUGCAAUUGAAUAUCUAAGUCUAUCCAAUAACUAAAUAUUUAAGUCUAUCCAAUAACUAAAUAUUUAAGUCUAUCAAAUUACUAGAUAUUUAAAUCUAUCCAAUAUCUAAAUA